CAUUCAGAAUGUCUUGUUGUAAGUAAUGGCAUCAAAAAAAGCACUGGUUUUUGUAACUAGCAAUGAAAAUAAGUUAAAAGAAUUUGUGCAAAUAAUUGGUCUUAAUGAAAAAUGGAAUAUAACAUCCAAGAAUAUUGAUUUACCUGAAUAUCAAGGAGAACCAGAUGAAAUAAGCAUCCAGAAAUGCAAGAUUGCUGCAGAACAUGUAAAAGGACCAGUUGUUAUUGAGGAUACAUGUCUUUGUUUUAAUGCAUUUGGUGGUCUACCAGGACCAUAUGUUAAAUGGUUUUUAGAUAAAUUAAAGCCUGAAGGACUAUAUAAUUUAUUGAAUGGUUGGGAAGACAAGAGUGCUUAUGCAUUAUGUACAUUUGCUUAUUCUUCUGGAUGUUCAACUGAUGAAAUAGUUUUAUUCAGAGGAAUUACAAAUGGAACAAUUGUAGAACCGCGAGGUCCUACUUCGUUUGGAUGGGAUCCUUGUUUUCAACCAGAUGGAUUUACUCAAACUUAUGCUGAGAUGGAUAAAGAUACAAAAAACUCAAUUUCCCAUAGGGGAAAGUCUUUAGCAAUGCUUCAAAAAUAUUUAAAUAAUUUAUGUCUAUAAGAUCAGUAAUAUUUACUAUCAAUGUAAUAGUGUUAAUGAUAUAAUUUAAAUACUAAAUUUUAGAAAUAUUUUAUUGAUGUAUAAUGCUCUUUAAA